AUGGACCCAUUUUCGAUAUCUUUGGGUGUCCUUCCGUUAAUUCACCUAACUGGCAAAACAGUCAUCGAGCUCAAAAAGUUUCAAAAUGGCGCAACCGAGGCAAAAGAUAACAUCAAUGCAAUGCUAGCAGAUCUGAAACUUCUCGAGACUGUUCUCAAUACAAUCAAAGAUGGUUUAGAGGACUUGGACAGCAGAGCGCCUCUGACUGGCCAUAUCGGUGAACACUGGGUAUCGUUGAAGACAAACCUAGAUGAUAGAUGCGACUCUCUGAAGAGGCUAGAAGCACUACUUGUAUCUACCAACAAAGAUGUGAGGUGGAUGAGCUCGACACGACGUGCAAUUCGGCUCAAGGAUGCAAAUGAUCAGAUCGGCAUGUACAGGCAAAGCAUCCAGGAUUACAAGGACGUUCUCCAGCUUUCACUUCAGUCUGUGAUGUUUUCCCAACAGCGCACUAUCGCACGAGAUGUCACAGAAUUGCUCGAGAAAUCCCGUGAUCUCUAUGAAUAUUUUAGUCGACAGGACACUAAUAACGCGAGUGCAAGCCAUCUCAAACAUUGCGUCAGAACCGCAGCAACUGUCGUGGCAUCUGCAUCGACAGUAGUUGGAGACGAUUUCGUUGAAGAGUGUGGGGAUGGGUCUGAUAUCGUGUCUGAGUUUGGUUGGAAAGUGAACGGCUUAGCGCCAAACAAGCUGAUGUCAGAAUGGCUUGCUUCACUACAGGAUGAGCCGGAUGUCUCCCUGGAUCAUCUGACCCGCUUACCAGAUCUCAGUACCGGCGUUGCGGAUAGUCCUCUGGCCUCGCAACACACUAUAAUGCUGGGUUCGCCAAUGACUCACAGCCUUAUCUCUGAUAACGCUCAGCAGGAAAUUACAAGCGGUGAUGGUCACGCACAGUCUCCUCUCGAAUCAUCUAGCAUGCGCAAAGCGGAAACGGAAGAGCUGGGGGAUAUGAUCAUCCAAAAUAGUAUGCCAGGCGAAGAUAAGAUUAUGGUGGACGAGAAUAGAGUCUCUGAAGAGGUCUGUUCUGAAGUGAAGCGCGUUUGGACAUUCGUUGGCGAUGGGAAGUGCGGAAAGACAUGGUUCAUAAAUUCUGCAAUCAAGGGUCCAUAUGGGUCCUUCCCUGAAGUGAGGGACACCGAAGCACUGAUACCACUACUCCGUACUAAGCUCUAG